AUGAAAAUACCGCACCUUGUGUACUUCGCAAUUUGUUUCCAACCCGGACAUGAAAACCCGGCACAGAUAAGAGGAAAGAGGAACGACCUAACCCAACCUCGACCUAGCCGGUGUGUUGUCAAGGCGAAUAAUUAUUCAGUACUCGGUAUAGUAGUGGUGUGUCACAAUAAUAGUACUAGUACUCCGGUCCGUUUUUUAAAUAAAAGACCAACAUCUCUUUAUCUUGUCACUUGCAUUCCAUUAGCAUUGCACGGUAUAGUGGAUGUGAUUGAUAGAUUGAUGAGUUUUUUUAAGGGACUUGUUUUAUUCAGUUGGGGAAAAUUCGAUAAACGGAGACCUACUGAUCCAAAGGAGAUGCAACGGUGUCCUUACCUGCACGAGAUGAAGGAGCGUCUGCUCUCGCAGCCGACCCCAACCGACAGCCUGGACAUGGAACGACUGGAUGGUGGCACCCCUGUUAAAGAAGCCAACCUCCACACAGAGUACCCAGCACAAACGAACCCCGGAGUGAUUCCCGACCCCCCCGAAAUGCCGCCCGACACCUUGAUUGGCACCGUCGUCAAGCUCAACUCAGAUGGCUAUGGAUCACAUACGUCUCCGGCCCACGCGAGGCAACCUCUUGUGCCUCAGGGUUCGAUGAAUCCUCCGUUAUGCCUUACUCCGACACAUUCUAGUUAUGGCAGGAAUUUCCCUAAGAAUGCUAAUGUUGUGUAAAAAUGGUGGGCGGUGGUGAUUGCAAAGUGGCGACGGUUGAAGUGGAAGCCGCGGCUGUGAAUGACAAUACGGCAACUUUGCCCUCGAAUCGACCGUUAAAUCCUCAAGGUGGCGGGGCCGGUCCACCCUCAAAUACCACCCAAGACAACGCUGAGAAGAACAACGCCGCGAACAAAGAAAUGGAGCUCAAGAACGUCCGUUCUACGCCCUCAAAACAAACGUCACUCUUCAUAAUAAUGAGCUUUAUUUACGCAAAACUCCUGGUAGUAGUAUGUGUAGCAUACGUAAUAAGCGAAGUAGUAACCCACAAGCUGCCGUUGUACUACUUCGAGGGUUUUUUCGCGUACAUGUACGGAAUGAGUAUCCUUUUCUUGCUCUACGUCUUUUGUUUCCUUCUGCAAGAAAGCGCCUGUUGCUCGAGGGGUGCAGAAACUCCACCUCCACCCCCGAAGCCACCCAAGCCCCCCAAGGAGCCCAAGGACAAGAAGAACAAAAAGGACAAGAAAGAUAACAAAAAAGAUACUAAGAAAGACACUAAGAACAAAAAAGAUUUUCAGGAUGCUAGUGAUGUAGAAGCUGGAGUAUCUACUCGCGUGUCCCGUAAGCGCAAAACUUCACAAAAUGACCACAGCCACGGCAGUUUCUUCCUUAGAAUCGGCGCAAUUGCAUUCGGACUUGGCACAAUGGUCUACAACGGACUCGAAUUCGGGCAGUUCUUCGAGAUACCCCCAACUUCAACGUGUUUCCAGAUCUUGCAUGGCGUGAACCCUCUCCUACAAAUGGUCUUUACUUUCAUGCAAAUGUACUUCAUCUUCAUGAACUCACGGCUAAACAUCCAUCGCUUCAAAGUUAUUGCACGGUUUGGAUUAAUGCACGUCGUCGCAACAAAUCUCUGCGUUUGGGUAAAGACACUUGUCUUUGAAAGCUUGAAGGAAAUCACCCAGAACAACCUAAGAUACAGCAAACCCGACCUCGGAAUAAUCGAGAGCAUCCGACAACACUCACUGGCCCACGCUGGACUGAUCCUGGGCAACGAACCACGCGACAUGGCGCAAAUGCGCCUAGCGCCCUCAACCCUAACUUCAAACGCCGCCACAAAAGUCCUGGGCUCACUAGCAACAACCACACGCCGCUUAAUCCGAACAACUCCAUCAUCAAUAAACCGAUACGCCAGAUCAACAGCGCGAUCAGUAGCUCGAGCGAUAACCCAGGGAACUACAUCAACCCUAGCGACAUUUACCCCCAGCAGCACGACUCCUCAGUUUACAACUUCCUCUACAACAUCAACCACCCCCUCAACUACAACCACCACCACAACUCCCUCCACCACUACAAUGUUCCCCACUACACCCUCUUCAACAUCAACUUCAACUUCACCACCCACUUCAACUUCAACUUCAACCUCUUUACCAACACUAUCAACAAUAUUCGACGCGCUAACAACCGCAAAAGAGAACGCAACAACAACCUUAAGCAGCUCAACAUCAACAAUGUCACCGCCAGCGCCAACUUCAACGCCGCUAUCAACCUACGCUUCAAUGAUGUGGGACUUUGGCGAGCCGACUUCAUCAGGACUGGCCAACAAGGGACUUCCCCAAUUGCUAGAUGUUGUUAACCAAACCAACGGAACGAGCAUCUGGACCCCAACGUACGCGUUUUACCAAAGCGCUCCUUUGAAUGAAAACGCUUGUGGAAGGGUCAACAUAAUGGGAACGAUCGUCGAUGAUGCAGCGCCCUACUUGUACCCUUUUAUCAUCGAGUACAGCCUGGUAGGCGCUGCGGUGAUCUACGUAAUGUGGAAGCACAUUGGACGGCACCCUCGCUGGCCCCACCAAGCAGAAGCAGAUUUAGAGCGACGUUUGGAAGCCAUGUUGUCAAGACGCGCCGUCGCAUUGGCUCACGCUGGACAUGGCCGCGUAGAUUGCGUAGGAGCCAGCAAGGGUCUCUUCGUAGGACUGUUCCUAUUAGUAGGAAGCCUCAUUUGCUUGAUCCUGUUCUUCGUUCUGAUCCAGCAACCUUCUUUCGGGUUGCUCGCGAUUUACCUCGCGGAUGCUUCUCACUGCGUGGUAAUGGCGUUCUCCAUUAUCGCGAUAAUCAUCGGGUUCAUACGCGUCCAGAGUCUGAAGUUCAAAGCUGAAGAACAGAGCGACCUUAAUGAUAUUCUGCUACGUGUUUCUGGGUUUGGGUUGUUUCUCUACGCGGUUUUCAGUGUGAUUGCCGGAUCUUUGGCGGCGUUUACCCAUGAGCCGAAUUUGCUGGUUAUGGUCACUGGAUUGCUGGCAAUAGUCCAGGUGGUGCUGCAGAUGCUCUUUAUUGCUGAUGUGUCUCGCAGGCGUGUUCAUUUACCGGAACACGAUCGCAGCAAGCCCGGAAGACAGGUUGUCACCUUUUUGCUGAUUUGCAACGUUACCAUGUGGGUUAUUUACACCUUUGAGACGCAGAAAGUAGUCGCCAAUCCGGUUCAGCUUGACUUUUAUGGAUCACUUGCGUGGAUUAUGGUACAGAGGGUCACUAUGCCGCUUUGUAUAUUCCACAGGUUCCACAGCGCUGUUACGCUUGCUGAAAUCUGGAAGACCAGCUACAAAGCGCGCUUGGAGUAA